AUGGUAAUGGUACACUAAGAUGUCUUCCCCAACAUAAAAAAAAACAUAGAAGAACGCGACUCUCUAGAUCUUUUUCUUCAAGAGAAUGGGAAGCAUUCAUGAGUGGAGGAAACCCAGAUUUUUUUGCCUUCAUGGUAUGGGAACUAGUGCAGACAUACUCAAGGAAGAAUUGGUCCGUAAAUGGGACUCAGUCGUCCUGGAUAAACUGGAUCUUGUCUUUGUAGAUGCCCCUUUUCCAUUUCUGGGCAAAUCUGACGUCGAUGGGAUUUACGACCCUCCUUAUUAUGAAUGGUACCAUACCAAUAAGGAAAUGACACAAACACCCCAGAAAAUGAGUGAAUGUAUUGCAUAUAUAGAAGACUGCAUGAUCAAAUAUGGACCUUUUGAUGGUCUUCUUGGUUUCUCCCAGGGUGGAAUGUUGGCAGGAGCCUUGCCUCUCUUACAAGAAAAGGGUUUGGUCCUGACCAAAGUUCCAAAGAUUAAAUGUGUGAUCAUAAUAGGAGCGGCAAAAAUAAGCAGGGACAAAUUUGUAGCAGAGAAUGCAUAUGAUCCACAAACCAGGUGCCCAUCUGUUCAUAUUAUAGGGAAGGGAGAGGGCUGCAGGGAAUCAGCAAUACAACUUGCUCAAUGUUAUGUUGAUCCUAUAGUCAUUCAUCAUCCCAAAGGACAUACCAUUCCCAGAUUUGAUGAAAAAAGUUUGGGAGAGAUGCUUUCCUUCAUCGACAGGAUUGAAAGGAAUAUUAACAUAACAGAAAAAUCAUCCUUAAGGCUUAAAUCCAUGUUAUAACCAAACUUCUAAAGUUGAUUAGUACAUAUGGAUGUUGCAAUGCCGGCUCAGUUCUUAUGGAUGUUGAAACUAGCUUGAAAUGUGAAAGGGGUGGGAAAUCUGAUGUCAAACGUUAUAAAAGUGAUUAAUAAAUAAUACUUCCUCCGUUCUUAAAUAAAUGCAACAGUCAACAUUUCACAUUUGUCGAGGCACAACUUUGACCAUUAAUAUAUAUAAUUCUCGAUUAGUAAAAAAAGUUUAAAAAAUAGAUUUUGAAAAUUUAUAAUGAGAAAAAUUUAAUAAUAUUUUUUUCAAAAAUAUAUAUUAUUACAUUAAUAAAUAAAACGUAGUCAAAGUAGAACAUGUGAAUAGUGCAAAAAGUCCAACGUUGCAUUUAAAAGAGAACGGAGGUAGUAAUGAAUAAUGAUCGAAGGAAAAAUAAAGUCAUAUUUUUUGUAUGCAUAAAAUAAAUGCAGUAGCAUAUAUGUGUACGUGUGUGG